CCCUCGUUUCAGGAUGGUCUGGACCUGGAAGCAGCUGUAGCACGCGCCCGUCCCCAGCUUGUGGAGUUCCUCAGUCGCCAGCCUGACUGGCUGCUCGAGACCUCGCAGCGAUUUCUCCCAGGGGUGACCCUGAAGGACCUGGAAGAUGCCACUGACCACAGAGAACAAGUCUCGGUGCUGCUUGACGCGCUGGAGAAGGCUGGCCCGGCCAUCUGGAAACGAUUUGCCCAAUACCUCUGCAUGGACUGCGACCUCCCCCUCGAGCUGGAGAUACUGCUCAUGAGUUCUGCGGGAGAAGGUAACUCAAGCCAGAAACAAGAAGCACACACAGAUGUGAGUGCUCGGUCCUCUGUGCCGAAAGGGUUUGCUCGACGUCGCCAACGCUGCGGCUCUGCGAGUGAUAAAGAUGCGAAACAGCGACGCCUGGAUUCACCUGAAAAGUACCGGUGUCUCCUCAUCGAUUUUGUCCGCCAGAGGUACGGACGCCAGAGAGCAGCAGCGCAGGGACAAACGCGGCCGCUGGCUUUCAACCAAGCCUUUGUCAACCUUGUCAUUCAGCGAAGCAAAGCCUCCCGCUUAAAAGAGAGGACACAUAAGCCCCGAGCGGAUUUGGCAGGUGCUCCCAAACCGGAAAAAUGCGUGGAUACUGCCAUGAAAGUGUCAGAUCUGUUUCAUGGUGAGGUCACAUCAGGCAAAACGAAGGUGGUCUUUUUGUUUGGCAAGGCAGGCACAGGCAAGACCACACUAAUGCACAGGAUUUGUCACAAGUGGGCAGAAGGCAUCCUGCCUCAGUUUUUCUUUGUUUUCCUGUUUGAGUUCCGGCAGCUGAGUUUAUUAAAGAGAAAACUGACUCUGAAGGAGCUUUUGUUUGACCUGUUCCUUCAGCCAGAGGACAGCCCUGAAGCAGUGUUUCAGUACCUCCUGGAAAAUGCCUGCCGUACUCUGAUUGUCUUUGAUGGGCUGGAUGAGUUUGCAGCUCACAUGGACCUGUCUUCCUCUUCUAAGGGAAACCCAGCUCUUACUUCCCGUGUGCCCAUAUCUGAGCUCUUUGCAGACCUCUGCCAUGGGAAGCUCCUGCGGGGCUGCACAGUGUUGGUUACCAGCCGACCGAAGAAGUUGCCUGACUUCUUGCUGAAUGCAGUAGAUCUGCUCGCAGAAAUUUGGGGAUUCGACCAUGACAAGGUUGAGGAAUACAUCAGCCGCUAUUUUCACCAGCGCUCGUUCAAAGAGCAAGCCAUUGCUCACCUGAAGAACAACACCAAGCUCCUCAGCAUGUGCCUCGUCCCUGCUCUGUGUUACGUGGUGUGCAUCUGUCUGGAGUAUUUGCUCCUCAAACAUCAGACGAGCGUGGAGCUGCCUCAGACCAUGACGCAGCUUUAUAUCAAAAUGCUUCUCAUCUUCAUCAGCGAAGAGCAGGGCGAGCGCGAGGGUGGCGAGGAGACUCGGCUGCGGUGUAACAGGAAGGCUGUUUUGGAUCUUUGUGAUCUUGCCCUGAGAGGCCUGGAAGGUAAGCAGCUUGUAUUUUCUGACAGCGAUAUUCCAGAGCACGUGAAGGAAUUUGCCUGCUUUCAUGGCUUGCUGACUGUCUUUGGGGUGAAGACGAGUGGCGCUUGCCCAGAGACUGGCUACGCCUUUGCGCACUUGAGCACGCAGGAGUUUUUUGCGGCGCUGGGUCUCAUGGUAAGUGAGAGAGUGGACAAGAGCCACCUGAAGAAAAAGUUCUCUCUGAAGUCCAAGUGGCCUUUAAAGAAUGAAACAAAGACUGAGUUCACGGAGAGUUUUCACAUCAUCCUCUCGGGCUUGUCGUCGAAAGAAUGUCGGCCGUUUCUCAUGCUGCUGGCUGAACGAGAGGAAGCGUGGGUGUGGGAUAAGCAGGACGCCAUCCUGCAGUCUCUCAAGAAACUGGCGGCCACUCAUCUGACAGGGCCUAAGGUCAUCGAGCUCUGCCAUUGCACGUUUGAAACGCAAGACCUCAAACUAGCCCAGCACAUCGGGAGCCUGCUAAAUUUCAAAUACGAGUUUAAAAACUUUAGACUGACGCCUCUGGACGUGUCGGCGUUGGUUUUCGUCGUAGACUCGGGCAGAGAUUUGACUCAUUUGGAUUUUUCUGGAUGUCUCAUGGAUGUGGGCUGUUUGGAACUGCUGGCUGGCUGUAAAAAUGUAGAGCACUUGAGUUUUCGUAGUAGGAGAUGUGACGAUGACUUUGCUGCUGCUCUUUCAAAGACCUUACGAGGAAUGAGGAGCCUGAGGAAACUAGAGUUGACAGGGGGGAGAAUCACAGCGAAGGGGAUGACUAACUUAGUCCAGGCUUCAUCACAGUGCCCCCAGCUUGAGGAGAUAAACUUGCAGGACAAUCGGAUCCAGGAUCCGGAGGUGAAGAGGGUGAUGGACCUGUUUUCCAGAAUGGAAAAACUGAAGAAAAUAGACCUGAGCAACAACCGUCUUUCCUUGAACGCUGUUCUUGUUUUGGCCCAGGAAGUCGUGACGUGCCAGAACGCUGCUGAGCUGCAUGUCAGGAAGGGCGCUGUGAUUAUAUAUUUUUCUGGCCUGUCUGGAAAAGUCGAGAGAUCUUUGGAUUCGAGGUGGGAAGAGAGUAAGGAACAUGUGGCUCCAACUAGAUCUGUAAAGUUAUGCUUGCAGAACUGCAGCCUGUCUUCCCGACACGCAGAGGAGAUCGUCGCUGUUCUCCAGAGCUCUCCCUGUCUCUCUGAAGUGGAUUUGUCAGGUAACAAGCUUGGAGAUGAAGGCUGCGGUGUCCUGCUGGAAAGCCUCCCUUGGAUAUCAAUUUCUAAGCAGCUGGAUCUCAGUCAAAACCACCUCUCUGUUCGUGGCAUUUGCAGCCUGCUGAAGUCAGUAAAUACCUGCAAGACGGUGCUGGAGGUGCAGGUCAGUCUUUGUCGUGACGCUGCAGUCCUGAGAUUUACAGAAGACAAAGAGUUUGCUUCCCUUCCGCCUAGGGAGAAGCCCGUGUUCUCUCCUGAUGACCGACAGUAUGGAGAGGAAAACCAGAUGCUUGCUCCCCUCCCCAAAAUAAGGCUGACAGACAGUCAUUUUCAAGCUGAUGACCUGGAGAAGCUGUGUGCAGUCCUAAAGGGGUGUAGCAGCAUAUCCGAGCUGGACCUAUCAAAUAACAGUCUGGGAGACGAGGGACUUUUGCAGGUUUUUCAGUUCCUGCCGAGUUUGAAAAUGUUAAGUUCUCUCAGGCUUAAUGACAACCAGCUCUCCCUGAACUCUGUGUUUUACUUAGCUCAGUCCUUAUCUACAUUGGAACACAUUAAAACAAUGAACCUCAGCUUAGGACACGCGCAAGUGGUUCAUCUAACCUUUUGGGCAAGAAACAGGGUCAGAAGUACCAGCAGAUGGAGUGGUGGCCUCCUGGCGCAUCCCGAGCGAGAAGCCAAAGGACGGUGCUUUCGCCUCGGGGACUGCAGAGUGGGACCGGAGGACGUGACCAGGCUGUGCCAGACGCUGGCUCAGUGUCCCCAGCUCACAGAAAUCGAUCUGUAUGGAAAUUCGUUGAGUGAGCAGAGCAUUGAGAGAUUAGUGAGCUUCCUGCCGUACCUCUGUCAUCUGAGGCUCCUGAGCGUUCGGAACAACACAUUUUCCCCACGUUGUGCUGUCUUGUUCGCCAGCUCCAUCAACCUCUGUGAGCGGAUCAGAGCAGUGGAAGUCCGGUCAAGUGAAAAUGCUUUCUUGCAUUUAGGACCAAGCCUGCGAAGCCAGAAGACAUCAUGCAGGCUGGUGGACUGUGCCAUCGGUCGAGGGCAGGUGGAUGAGCUCUGCAGAGUCCUGGAGCGGCACGGGUGGCUGGCAGAAGUAGAUCUCUCCGGGAAUCAGCUGGGAGAUGAAGGCCUGAGGUGCUUCUUGGACCACUUGCAUCGAGUGCCCGUUACCUGUUCCCUCAAUCUCAGCCACAACAGGAUUUCUCAGGACGGAGUUCUGCACCUCUUAAAUGCUUUUGCCACAUCUGGAAACACUGCUGAAGUUCAAGUCAGUUUGUGCUCCAGAGCAACUUUAAUCAUCAAGUUGACAAGCAGAGAUGACCCGAGAAAGAUUUUAAGACUCUCAGAGUGCAACUUUCAGCCAGAGCACCUGGAAAAGUUGUGCUUGCUCCUGGAAAAGUGCACGGGUCUGACCGAGUACAUAUCCUCCAAUAACAACGUGACAGUCCAGGCUGCGGAGAGACUUCUGCGGUCACUGAGCCAGAACUUGGGGCCUCUGAAAAUCAGCAUCGAAGAGCCGUGGGUAUGUAAAGAAAGUGUCACGAACCUCCUUGAGCUCGCUGUCCAGGCCUGUGGAAACAUUACUGAGAUCAUGAUAUGUAAAGAGAAAUGCCUCUUCCAGUUAGGUGUAAAGUUCCCCCACUGCCAGGAGAAGGUGGAGUCGGUUGUUAACAGACUGGCUCUGUACGACCCAGAAAUCCAGCACGCUCGCUUCUACCAAAGGAUUUGUGAAAAGUGUGCUCAGCUGCAGGAACUGAGGUGGUCUCAUGUUGAGCUCCACAACGAUGAAGCAGAGAUGCUUGCCAGGAUUUUGCUGCCUCUUCCAAAGCUGAAGAAGUUUGGGCUGAUCUCGAGCAGUCUGAUGCCGGCUGGGAUGCAUUACUUGACCACAGGCUUGCAGAAUUGCCAGGCCAUCAAAGAACUCAACCUGAGCUACAUGAAUCUCGGCAGUGCUGCCAUUGCUAAGCUCGUGUUGGGACUUCGUGAAAUGUCAUCUUUAAAAAGACUUAUCUUGAACCACACCGGUGUUGGUAAUGACGGCUGCUCCAGACUUGCGGAAGCCUUGAGGAACAUGUACAACCUGGAGGAAAUCAAUUUAAGCCACAACAAGAUUGGAGAUCCAGGCCUGUUUCUGCUGAAAAUGCCAAACCUGAAGAAAAUCGACCUUUCAGGGAACAGCUCUAGUCCUGCUGGAGGGGAAAAACUUAUGGAAGCUCUUGCCUACUGCAAGCGCAUCGAGGAGUUAAUACUGUCGAGGAAUGAUUUUGGAGACAGCGCAGCAGUGAAACUUGCCCUCUGUCUGCCUCACACAACCAACCUGAAGAUCCUCCA